AUGGACGAACAUCUCGAUCUCAUAGCUCUUAUAAUCCCCACUGGUAUAUUUUUUGGAUGUUCAAUAAUGCCAUAUGGAAUUUAUAUUUUUAAGAAUGAACCAGUCAGCGCAUUACAUACCAAAAUCUUGAGUUACUUAAAAAACUACGGAAAUGCUCGUGUGGUCGAUAUUGAACAAAGAGAAUAUAAUCUUCGUGCAGUUGAUAUUGAACAUAGUGAAUAUGUGUAUAUGAAACCUGAAAAAAAAAUUAGCGAUUAUUUCACUAAAAGUCCUAGAGAG